AUGCAGUUUAUGGAAUUCAGACUGAGACAAAUGGGUGUUUUGGUAACUUGGGGAAUUACUUUUUUCAUAUUCGCUUCAUUUUCGUUUAUAGGUUUAGUAAACAAAAGAGAGGUUUCUUUUAAAAGUAUAAAUCAUUAGAUUUUUUAUAGUUGGUGCAAUUAUAAUUAUUGGUAUAUCCAUAGCUUUCACACUAUUUUUGAUACUCUUGACUUUUUAUCAUAUAUGGGAGAAUGUUUUAUAUGGAUUAAUCAUAAUCAUAUAUGGAUGCUAUUUGAUGUUAGAAACAAGAUUAAUUAUGAGCAAAGGAGUAAGAAUUUAUUAAUAUAUAAAAGAGAUUAAAUUUAUAAUCUAAUGAU